GAGAGUGGAAUCCUAUCUCGCCUGUCGCUCUCGUGUCAUCUACCCGGCGUUAUCGUCGAUCCAGGAAUCGCUAUGCCUGAUAAUCACAGUAGUCCUAGUGGCGUGAGUAGAAUGCCGCCUGCUCGCAUAUGCAAGCCAAACCGGGCGAAACGAAAGAGGCGAGCGAAACGACGUACACGCACCUUGAAAGAACUCCGCCAGGCUUGGCAAGGAUCGAGCCCAGCAGCUAACGAAUGGAAUAAUAAUACUAUAUUGGAGGACGAGGCGGUGGAUGGAAUCGCCAAGAUGAACGAGACUCUCGAUGCUCAUGUCGUUGCCAAGUAUGAGAUUCUCAAACGGAUCGGCAAGGGAGCAUAUGGAAUUGUCUAUCGUGCCAGGGAGCGCAAAACUGGCCAGGAGGUGGCCGUCAAGAGGAUAUUCGACGCGUUUGGUAACUCCACAGAUGCACAGAGAACGUUUCGAGAGGUGAUGUUCCUGCUGGAACUCAAACAACAUGAAAACAUCAUCAAUCUCUGUGAAAUGAUGCAAGCCCGCAACGAUCUUGACCUCUUCCUAGUGUUUGAAUACAUGACUACCGACCUGCACCGUGUUAUCAAGCAAAACAUCCUCAAAGACAUUCACAAGCGAAGUAUUUGUUACCAGAUUGCCAAAGCACUGAAGUACAUACACUCCGGUGGGGUUAUACACCGGGAUCUCAAGCCCAGCAACAUCUUACUGGAUAAGAACUGUCUUGUGAAGGUUUGCGAUUUCGGACUCGCCAGGAGUGUGGCGCAGGUCAGCGAAGAUCCCACCAAUCCAGUACUGACGGACUAUGUUGCAACGAGAUGGUAUCGGGCGCCGGAAAUCCUGCUGGGGUCAAAAUCGUACACGAAAGGCAUAGACUCCUGGUCGCUCGGCUGCAUCGUGGCAGAAUUGUACAUUGGUAAAGCCGUAUUCCCUGGAACGGAUUCCUUCAACCAGAUCGAGCAAAUAGCCAGAUUACUGCCCGCACCAACCUCUGGAGAUAUUGUAGCAAUGGAGGCCAAGUAUUCAAGGAAACUUCUAGCACAGAAGAAGAGGUCCAACGCAUCUCUGGCUGACAGGUUACCCGGUGCUAAAGCAGAUGCCAUUGAUCUCGUCACACAGCUGCUUUCUUGGAGUCCCAAGCGACGGUUCGCGGCCGAGGACGUGCUGUCUCACCGCUAUGUCCAACAAUUCCACCGGCCAGAGAAGGAGCUGUCCAUGUCGUAUGACAUUGUACCAGCUCUGGAUGAUGAUGUCAUGCUGACCACGGAGAACUACCGGCGUAAAAUCUACGAGUGCAUACGGUCAAAGAGAAAACGGAUCUGCACCAGGCGACUUCCACAUUUCCCUCCGCCGCGGGCACAGGAAUCGCAGAGGCCAACAUCAUCCUCCUCGUCGUCACCGGGGUCAACCGAGGACGAGGAAGACGACGACGAAGACACUGAUGCAGAGACGCUCACUGGUCGCAAUGGUGGGGUCACAGGCAGCACCACGGCCACACCGCAAACUGCUAGUACCGGAAACGCUACUGCACUAGCAUCAACCACCUCUGCUACUACUGCCACACACACAGGCAGCCAAGCCGGCCAGACUAGAGAAAACCAAGCCGCAGCAGCAGCUUCCACUGGUUCCUACGGCCAUUAUCAUCCUGCACAUGGUCGUCCUCCGCCGGGCGCCCUGCCCAAACCCCAGUCUCAAGCGCACGCGAGUGCAGCCGCUGGUACUCACCCGUACAGAGGCGGCGCUACAGGAAUGCAUUACAACAGGGAUGGUCGCGCAAAGCCCCGUGUCUCCUCCGCCAGUGCCGCAAGUGCAUCAGCACGACUAGCACACUACAGAGAUGCUGCUGCUGGACAUACGCAAUCCUACUCAACAUCAUCGGAGCAGACUGAGCCUGACCAGGCGAGCGGAUAUUCAGAGACAUUUCUCAGAAGACCCAGUGUGGGCAGCAGCAGUAGGGCCACUGGUCAGGCUGGUGUAUCGAUGUACGGUGGAGCACGGCCCGGGCCUCGUACAGCACAACUCGGGUCUGAUGACUCCUACAUGAAGUCGUUCUCCGCUCCCAAUCUGGCUGUGACCGGACGGUCAGCGAACGAUUCUACUCAGAGAAGCCGUCCGCAGCCGGGUACACUUGCUUGGCGGCAACAGCAGCAAGAACAGCAUGUAUCAAGGCUCGGCGGAACACGCCCAGCAGCAGCAGCAGCAGCUGGCCAGUCGUCAUUGAGCCCGGCCGAUGCGAAGCCUAACCCUCGAAUCUCAUUCAAUGCUUGGACCAAGGACUUGCACGAAGCCCUCAUACCCGGUCAGCAGCCCCAGCAGCAGCCAGCGCACCCACCACCGGCCAGGAUACCGCGACCUCUAGCCCAGAUGGUGGACGAUAUGCACACAGCAGUGCAACGCACUACGACCGCCGCCCCCGCCCCUCACGGCACCACUGGAACCAACACGAGACCUGCAGCUAGCAUACAUAACAACAUCAGCAGCAGUUCAACUACAGGCGUAACCAGAGCAUUGGCUACAGGCAGACCGGAGCCGAGGCAUUCUUCAUCCGUCGAGGCUGCACGGCGAAGUGCACAGCUCAAAGCUGCAACGGCCGUCGCCCGUCAGAGCAUAGUGUCACGGCGGCGGCAAUACCCGUCGGAUAACCAGUACCAGCGAACGCCGGUCGGAUCGUGCUCGUCCUCACACGGCUAUAUCAACCAGUCGCGCCUGGAUUCCCUGUGGAACCGCGACAGGGCAUAGCAUCAGGUCGCCAUGUCAACCAGUCACGCCUGGAUUCCCUGUGGAACCGCGACAGGGCAUAGCAUCAGGUCACUCACCCAGUCACGCCUCGAUUCCUUGUGGAAUCGCACCAGGGCAUAGCAUCAGGUCACAAGGGAUCGCCGAACUGCUAUGGUUAUAUUGCGGUGCAAUGCCGGUGCGGGAUGGCUGCAGCAUUUUACUAAGUACAUGUGCUGGGUGCACGCACAGGACUAUAAGUGAGAGAAAAAGAGACCAAGCUACGCUUACACUAACAUGCCCGGAACUGAACACUGGCUUAGGAAGACAACGUGAACCUACAAGUAUAAUUAUAUACCUUCCUGUAAAUGGUUCAUAGCCCACAGGUGCUGUGGAUACACCAUCGGACAUUAAGUUGCAAUAGAGUGAAUGCUGCUGCUAUCAGUAUAAUCUGUGAUAAUGCCCAAUGGUAAAGAUGGCUGCAGAAACCUGACCUUAUUUAUUUCUGCUGCACGAAAUUACCUAUCGAAAUAUCAUUUGGCGCCUUUUAAAACACCUCUGGCAGAUCUAACGAGGUAUUCUUCUUCAGCACGGGAGCACCCUGAGGCUUGCCAAUCUUCUUCAGCACGGGAGCACCCUGAGGAGGUAUUCUUCUUCAGCACGGGAGCACCCUGAGGCUUGCCAACCGCUCAUGAGAAAGUCGCUCAUUUUAGUGCGUAGUCCAUAGGGUACUGCUAGCUCAAAAUAUUCGAGUCUUGUCCUUGAGAGGAACACCGUGACAAUUUCUAUUUAUGUAAUGCUUUGUAUGUUUGCAGGCACUCCUUAUGCAGCUUUCUGUUCACGUUUUGUUCCCAUAGCCACUUUCCCAUCUUCUUUUUCUGGUCUUAAGAACCAUGACAGCAGAAGUUAGACCGACUAUCCGGAUGUCUAGUAUUA